AUGGCGAGGCCGCCGCCUGCGGUGCCCGCCCCGGUGAGGCUCCGUCUGCUCUUCGAAAACAGCCGCCUCCUCCGGCGUGUGCAGAGGGAUGAAGGCCUUCGGCGCUGCUGGCUUCUCCUUAGCCCGGAGCUCGCCACCGUCGCCGACCUCGCCGCUCAUGUCGCAGCCCGUUUCCGCCUCCGCCGCACCUGCCCUUGGGGCGUUGUGCUCUCGAUGGAUGGGUUUACCUUGCCACCAUUUGAGUCAACCUGCAUCUUCCGGGACAACGAUAUUAUAAGGGUUAAACAAAAAUCCUGCACGAAGCAGGUAGGGCACAAUGAUGUGCACUGUAUUCAAGAUCAUGAGAUAAUAGAGAAGAGGCCACUUCCAGUUGAUGACAGAAUCCUUGCAAUCCAGGAUCAAAAGGAUGGCUGUAAACACCAAGAAGAAGAGGCACAUGAUCACCAGCUUGAAGAAAAUGCCACUGCUAGCCAUAGCAUAGAAAACAAUGGGACAAGUUCGAAGAGGAAGUGGAAUGACGGGAUUGCAGAAAUACCUGAGAGCUCAAAAUGCAGGGGAAAAAGGCUGAAGGUGGAAAAUUCUGGAAAGCAGAUAGAUUACAGCAAGGAGGAACAGAGUGGAUCUAAAAAGUUGAAGUUAUCAGUUAUUGGUAUUGAAGCUAAGAAAGCAACUCCACAACAUGAAACUACCGCUACCUUGGUGGAGCAGCAAAAAUCAGAGGGGAACAAUCAAACUGAGUUGAAAUGUGAGGCAGAGGUGGUAGACUAUAAUGCUCAAAGUGACACAAAAAAGUUGGAGAGUCGAAGUGCUCGUCGCAAGAAAAUUAAAAGGCUAAUGAGACAGACAGGAAAAUUACAAUCAGAAAAGAAUGUGCAUGAAGAUUCACCAAUAGCUGCUGAUUUUCCAUCAUCAAGCAAUCAAGAUGGCUUGCCUGUCCCAUCAAGCAAUCAAAAUGGAUCACAUGUUCAUUUUUCAAGCCUCAAAGCAGAUGAGGAAGAAUCUGAUACGUCGGAAGAGAUUGUCCCAGUUGUGGUUCGGCCUGGUCACAUUCGCUUUGAACCAGCAGGUGGAGAACCUGACAAAUCGCCAGCAAAGGAAUUACAGGGCACAUUCCAAUGGAGUGGAACAAUGAGCAAAAAGAAGGGCCAGAAGUGGGGAAUUGAUAGCUCAAACAAGAAAAACGCCGAUAUCGGCUAUCAUGCAGGAAUAGCUGGAAGCAGCACUGAAGUUAACAAUCAUGUCAAGGACAUUAAGGUUACUGAAAAUGGCUUUUGUGCUGUCAGUAAUCGAAGGAACAAUGAAGGCAGUAAUAUUGAGAUGUCCAGUGCGAAAACUGUUGCUAAUGAAGAAAAGUCUAGUGGUGAACCUUUCGAUUUUGAGAGCUUGUACCCCCUAACGCGACUUCCAAAGGAGGGAGAUCUGAUUGCCUACAGAUUGGUUGAGCUGUCUUCCAUGUUGUGUCCGGAGCUGUCUGCGUAUCGUGUCGGAAAAGUUCUGAUAUAUGAUCCCAUAUCAUUGCGUAUCAUUCUCUUACCCGUUGAAGAGUAUCCAAUCACCACCGAGGAAAAAGAAAACAAGGACGAGUCAGAUAUGCUUGCGGACUUGUCACCAUACAAGGAAGAUGGCUCCUUGGAGAUCGAGUACUCUUCACUUCUUGAUGUAAGGCUACUGAAGGGUAUUGAACCAGUGCUAGGGGCUGCUAGUACUCCCUCGGCAGAAACAUGCAAUGAAGUUGGAUCAGCACUGGCUGGAAGGCCAGUUACCUUACACAAAAAUGAAGGCAAUAUUGAGAGCCAGAAAUCACCCUUGGUGGCAAACAACACUAAAAAUGAAGAACGCAAACUUGAAGGCAAUAUUGGGAGCCAGAAAUCACCCUUGGUGGUAAACAACACUAAAGAUGAAGAAUGCAAACUGGGAAAGUCAGAAAGCACGGUUUGGGAAAAGAAUGAUGAGUCCAGUGAUAAGGUCGAUGUUCAGGAAAAUGGCUGGGGAACAUGGAAACAAAAUGCUAGUACGUCAGCUUGGUCUUACAGAGCCCUCAGGAGCUGCGCCCUUGGCCCGACAAUGGCAAUGCUACGAGGGAAGAACAGCCAGAGGGCUCCUGCUGCUGCUCUUGUUGCUGCUGAUGAUGUGCAUGUUGUUACUGGUGCUGCUGCUGUUGGUGCUGGUGCAGCAGCUAGACCACCCAUGAGGUGGACAGCAAACACUAGUGGCUUUGUCCUUAGGAGGAUGAAGCAACUCAUUGAGAGUGGGGCUAGAGCUGAUAAGGGAUUUAAGGACAAGGAGGUGAACAUGGCCAUCUUUGGUAGUGGCAUGGCCACUGGUAGGUUUGUUGUUGUCUCAAAUGAGCCCUUAGGUGUGAACUCCUACCAGGCUGACAAUGGCUUAGGAAAAGUGGAAGGGUCACAUGGCAACCAUGCUGCUAGGGAGAAGACUGAUCAAGGGGAAGGCAGCAAGGCAACUGAGCUGCUUACCUCUGAUGGUGGUAGGAAGAGGAAGAGGCCUUACUUUAGUGAGGAGGAGGUCCUCAUCAUGACCAACAUGGCAGAUGCAGUGAACAAUGUAGCCAAUGCCCUUAGAGAGACUGUCCCUGCUCAUGUGGAUGCUGACUUGUAUCAUGCUGUGAUGGACAUGCCUGGCUUUAGUGAGGAAGCCCUCAUUGUUGUCUUCUCCCACAUGCUGGACAACAAAGCCUAG